AUGGACUGGAGUACACUUCAUGCUUUCAUUGGAGGUGUAAAUAAACACUCCACCAGCAUAGGGAAGGUUUGGAUUACCGUCCUCUUCAUUUUUCGAGUCAUGAUCCUUGUCGUAGCUGCUCAAGAAGUAUGGGGAGAUGAGCAAGAAGAUUUUGUCUGUAACACGCUGCAGCCAGGAUGCAAAAACGUGUGCUAUGACCACUUCUUCCCUAUUUCUCAUAUCAGACUUUGGGCUCUUCAAUUAAUCUUUGUCUCCACUCCAGCACUUCUGGUAGCCAUGCAUGUAACUUACAAUAGACAUGAGAAGGAAAGGCAGUUUAGGAGAGGAGAGAAAGGGAUUGAAUUCAAAGACCUAGAAGAAAUUAAAAAACAAAGGGUACGAAUUGAGGGGUCUUUGUGGUGGACUUACACUAGCAGUAUUUUCUUUAGGAUUAUUUUUGAAGCCUCCUUUAUGUAUGUGUUUUACUUUCUUUACAAUGGCUAUAACCUGCCCUGGGUGGUGAAAUGCAGUAUUGAUCCUUGUCCCAAUAUUGUGGACUGCUUUAUUUCAAGACCCACUGAAAAAUCUGUUUUUACCAUUUUCAUGAUUGCUGCAUCUGUGAUUUGCAUGCUGUUAAAUGUGGCUGAAUUAUGUUACUUGCUGAUGAAACUGUGCUUCAGAAGAUCCAGAAGAGCACAGGUUCAAAGGAAUCACCCUAAUCAUGCCAUAAAAGAAAACAAACAGAAUGAAAUGAAUGAGUUGAUUUCAGACAGUGGACAAAAUGCAAUCACAGGUUUCCCAAGUUAAAAGAUUUUCAAUUAAAAUAUAACUAUUCAUGACGAACCAGUAGCCUUCACUUGUCAGUUUGAUACCACUGCUCGUCCCACCAUUUAUUCCCUAGACUGAUUUUUUUAUGGCUACCGAUGAAAUUAAUAACACAUAGAGACUUAAGUCAAAUCUUUUAGGAGAAUUAAUCAUCUACAUUAUCAGAAAUGUAGUGAACAAUUCUGUGAAAAUGGAAAGACUAGAUUGACAGUUGUGUACUAAAAUAUCUUUGAGUCUACCUUAAGUAGACAAUCUAGUCUGUCUCAUCCUCUCGGGGGAGGGAUG